AUGAAUAAAGCUAUAUUAGAAAAUAAUCAUAAAUCUCGAAAUGGUAAUAGUGUAAUAUCUCACAUUAUUAAACAAGUGUCAAAUAAAAAAAUUCAGAUCUCUCUUCAUCAAUUACUAAAAAUAGUAAAACCUAAGAUUCAGCAAGAUAUUAUAAGCUCAAUAGCAAACCCAGAUAUUUCUCAGAAAAAUCAUAUACUAUCUGAGGCUAAAAGAAAAAAAUUAAUUUUUAACGAUAUUAUAUCUAAGUCCUCAUCUGAAUCUUCAUCCUCAUCUGAGUCUGGGUUCAACUCUAAAUGGGAUAAAAGCAAUUAG